GAUCCAUUCUGAAUCUGUACAGCUACAAAUUAAGACACUGCUCGUUUGCUUAAAAUACACGACGUAUACCUCGUUAAAAUUGAAUUCAUCGGAGUCAGCGCGUAUCAUUAACCGAAAAUUACCGAUAUAUCCCGAGUACGUCCGAUGUUUACCUAAAGAGAUAGCAGACAAACCAGUACAGAUUUUCCCGAUUUCUAACCCCGGCUAAGUGGUUCCCUUACACGUCUUGGGCGAGGUUAAGGAGGGACAAAUUCGGAGGAAAAAAGUCAUCUACCAAAAAAAUUAAACAAUCAAACAAAAAACAUUCUUCUCUUUAGCCAACCAUUACGGAUUCAUUGAAUUAAGAUAUCCAUUCAAAAAGAACAUGAUUAGUGUGGUUGUGUUCACUAUUCUGCUCUGCUUAGCCUCUGCAAGAGCAAAAGUGAAAGAAGAAACCAGAACAGCGUUUUCUGGGGAGGAUUUGCACCUCCUUGUCUCAUCUCUUAAGACCACAGAGGUGAUCUUCAAGCCAAACGUGGGCCCUGAGGAGGUGCUGAUGAGAGAUGGCAAGGUGGAGAGCUCUCGGGCCAAGCUGAACCCCCAGUUCUCUCACCUGAUCCUCGAGAACCUGGGAGAGCCGGACGAGGGCGUGUACACAAUCAAACGCACCAACGCUGAGGAAGUCAAGCAUGUUACUCUUCAAGUCAGAGAUUGCGUCAUAGAGGAGAAUCGUAAAUAUGGAGAAAACUACUACAUCUCCCUGAGUAACAUCUCAGGACCGAUCACUGUGGAGUUCAGGCCCAGUUCUAUGCAGACCAACCAGACAUCAGAGCCAAUGGUGCUGCUCCUGAACCAGUCCUGGACCCCCACCGAGGAGUACAAGGCCCGCGUGAGCGUGUCAGGGCAGCGGCUCAGCCUGCACUCUGUGACCGGGUCGGAUGAGGGCAGUUACACCAUACUGGACUCCGAGGGCAAAGUGAAGAGACGGACGUGCCUGAACGUGAAAGAGCACCAGAUCUUUGUCACCUUGCGGUAUGACAGCACUUUGAAAGUAAACCUGAUUCUGGACAGCUCCAAAGUCAGGGUGGUGUACACGCCCGUUUCCGACCACAAGGACCGGCUCAUCCUGGACCAGGGGGAGCUGGUGCCCACGGACCCCAGCCUGGACAGGAGGCUCUCGGUGGACGGCUCCAUAUGCAUUCUGGAGCAGGUUCGGUUCGGUGACUCGGGACAAUUCCAAGUGAUGGACCUGCAGGGCUUCCCUGUGGCCAACGUGCAUGUGAGGGUCGAAGCCUACAAGCUGCCCAUGCUGUUUGUGUCGAUCAUCUCGCUGCUGUCUCUGCUGGUCUUCCUCCUGCUGGUGUGUCUGAUCUCCUGCCUGGUGAAGGUCCGCCGCAGGGCCGAGAGGGCCAGGGCCAUCGCCCGCAUCGCCCGGCAGGCGGGGAAAGGGGACGGAGAAGCCUUCCGACAGGUGGUUCAUGAGGCCUACACUAGAUUCACAGAGGAAUCCAGUACGAGGUCUCAGUGGGAUAGCAACACUGACAACACCAUCAAGGUUGAUAUCAAGGGUCUGGAGAUAUCCAAACCAAGCGGUUACCAAACCCUGCCCUCAGAAAAGAACUUCCUGGAUUUCAACGACUCAGGGGUGGAGUUCAACAUCUCGGACAUGCCGCUGGACAGCGACACAGACAUGCCCCAGACCUACAACUCCCACAAAUUCCUGCUGGCCUCCAACCUCCCGAACGGUGCCGCCAAGCAGAGCCCUGAGGCCCAACCGAACGGCAGCCCGCUGCUGGAACCUAGGGCCGACGUCUCUCCUGAGGCAGGCAAGGGGUCGUCUGAAAGCGUGGGCAUGGCUGCCCCUCCCGAGGCCACGCCCAGCGACAGUCCUGCAGCCGAGGUGAAUGAGGACGCCGCCCCACCCAGUGACAGCAUAGCCAAUCAAAACGCUGCCGCAGAGAGUGUUGCUGUCUGAAGGAUCUCCCAGUACACCUGUAAGCCAACACCUCGACAAUCUUGCAAAAUAACCCCCCCCCCCCCCCCCCCCCC